AUGAAUAUGGCUCGUGCUUCCGCAUCUGUAAGCGUUGUAGACGGGAAGAUUUACGUGUUUGGAGGGUCCGAGCAUCACUCUAAGCACGAUACAUGGGCAGAAGUAUUUGAUCGAAAGACUCAAACUUGGUCCCCUCUCUUGUUUUUGAGCCAAAUUUGGGAUAUUGAGACACCACAAAAUAAAAAUAUCCACCAAAGUGUGGUGAUAGAGGGGAAGAAGAUUUUCGCUGUGGACGAGGAGGAUCAGAGCUUUUACAUCUUGCCAAGUGAAUGCUUACUAUCGAUAACCAAUAAAAGAGAUUCUAAGCUAGGUUACAAAAACGAUUGGUGUAUCAUUGGAAAACUGUUGUACUGUCGUGGUACUCGCGGGAGAAUCCUAUGGUGUGAGCCAGAUGAAUUGAAUUGGAAGGAAAUGAAAGGUUUGGAAGAGCUGCAAGACUCUCACUAUGGUUCGAGGCGUUCCUUUAAAAUCAACAAACUAUGUAGCAAUUCUGCCGGAAACAUUGUUAUCUUCUGGAACUCAGAGAGUUUGGACCUUUGGUCAGCCGAGAUUUCUAUGGAGAGACGCGAGGGAGGCGAGAUUUGGGGAAAGAUUGAGUGGUCUGAUGUUGUUUUUGAAGUUGAUCCUUCCUCACACUCAUCAUAUGGUGUUAAGGUCUUAUAUUCUGCUUUUGUCUAUGCCUGA